UUUGACAAGCACGACAAUACAAAAUAAAAUAAAAAUAACACUUCCGCUCGGCGUCGCUGGGUGACAUAUAUAAUUUUAAAGAAAAAACAUCUGUUUUAAUUUAUAAUACAUUAAAACUAACAAUGGCAUCAUUAGACCGUUUAACUCCUCAUUUGUCCAAAAUCAAAAUACCAGGACCUCAACAAUUGGUCUACAAAGAUGAAUGUGUUUACUCUUUUGAUAAUCCGGAAUCGGAGACCGGCCUAUAUGUGUCACUGAUAACGUUCCUCGGCUUCGGUCGUAAUUACGUCGAGCAGUACUACCAGAACACGGGCAAUGCUGUGUUCCUUCACAUACACAGGGAGAAGAUACCUAUACCUGAACCGGAACACACAGGCGAUGGUCCGGAGAAAAAGAUAACUCGGCUCGCGAUCGGCGUGGAAGGCGGCUUUGAUCCUGACAGCGGAAAGCCGAAGUUCAUUAAUGUGGACCAUUACAAUGUGGUCGUGUUGCCUGGGUUCCACACAUACCCGUGGCCUAAUCCUGAUUUACCUGAAGUGGUCAAAAAGUCCGCGCAAGGUGUUAUCGAUGCUGAGUCGCCUUUCGAAAUUGCAGAAAUGGCCGCUUUACAGGGUACAUGGGACGGCGAGGCCAGGGAAGUUUCUGUGCAUGCGGUAAACCUUAAACAGCUGGAUAACGGUGUGAAGAUCCCACCCACAGGCUGGAAAUGUGCCAAGUGCGAUCUGACCACCAACCUGUGGCUGAAUCUCACAGACGGCUCCGUAUUGUGUGGAAGGCGGUUCUUCGACGGAUCCGGGGGGAAUGAUCAUGCUGUCGAACACUACCGCGAAACAGGGUACCCUCUAGCGGUGAAACUGGGAACUAUAACAGCGGAAGGCAAAGGCGACGUUUAUUCUUACGCCGAAGACGAUAUGGUUGAAGAUCCCUACUUGGCUGACCAUCUGAAGCAUUUCGGGAUCAAUGUACAGCAAUUGCAGAAGACGGACAAAUCGAUGGUGGAACUGGAACUGGAGCUGAACCAGCGUUCUGGAGAGUGGAACACCCUGCAGGAGUCCGGCAGCGAGCUGAUGGCUGUGCACGGGCCAGCUCUCACCGGCCUCAACAACCUGGGCAACUCGUGUUACAUCAACAGUGUCAUGCAGGUCAUAUUCCGUAUCCCAGACUUCGUGAGGAGAUUCGUGGAGGGCGCCCCGGAGAUCUUCUCCACCUUCCCGGAGGAUCCCGUCAACGAUUUCAAUGUACAAACCGCCAAGCUGGGCGUGGGGCUGGUGUCGGGGCGGUACGCGCGCGCGGCGGCGGGGGCGGGGGCGGGCGCGGCGCAGGCGGGCGUGGCGCCGCACAUGUACCGCACGCUGCUGGGCGCCGGCCACCCCGAGUUCCGCUCCAAGCGGCAGCAGGACGCGCACGAGUUCUACCUCCACUUCCUCACUCUCUUGGAGCGCAACAGCCGCCACAAGGCGAACCCGGCCGACUGCUUGAAGUUCAGCGUCGAGGAGCGUCUCCGGUGCGGCGCCAGCAACAUGGUGCGCUACACGCGGCGCGGCGAGCACCACCUGCCGCUGCCCGUGCCGCUGGCCGCCGCCACCAACGCGCCCGCCGUCCGCCACUACGAGGAGGCUAGGGCCCGCGCCGCCGCUACCGCACAGCCGUUCGAUUCAUCACAAGUGGUGCGGCCCAACAUUCCGUUCGCGGCGUGCCUGGAGAGCUUCAUGAAGGAGGAGACUGUGGAACAGUUCUACAGCAGCGCGGUCAACGAGAAGGUCACAGCUUUCAAAGUAACACGUUUAGCUACGUUCCCGGAUUACCUCAUGAUCCAACUAAAGAAGUUCACCAUCAGAGAAGACUGGACGCCAGCUAAAUUAGAUGUAGCUGUCGAUAUGCCGUGGGAGGUGGACCUCAGCUGCCUCCGCGGCCGCGGGCUGCAGCCCGACGAGACGCCGCUGCCGGAGUCCCCGGCCGACGCGCCGCAGCCUGUCUUCAACGAGAAACUCCUCGCCGAUCUGAUGGAAAUGGGCUUCCCAACAGAGGCGUGUAAGAAGGCGUUGUACUACACGAACAACUCCGGCAUGGAGGCGGCUUCCAACUGGCUCAUGGAGCACAUGAACGACUGGGACUUCGCCAACGCCUUCCAGCCGCCCAAUGAGACCGCUGCCGCCAGCGCCCAACCAGCGGCGGACGAGGCGAGCAUCGAACAGAUCAUGAACAUGGGCUUCACGCGGGCGCAGGCAGGCGCUGCGCUGGCCGCCACCAGCGGGGACGUGGGCCGCGCCGUCGACUGGAUCUUCAGCCACGCCGACCAACUCGACUCCAUGGAGAACACGCAAAGUCAGGAGAGCGCGCCAGAGUUCAGGGACGGACCUGAGAAGUACAAGCUGAUCGCCUUCAUCUCGCACAUGGGCACAUCGACCAUGGUCGGCCACUACGUCUGUCACGUACUGCACGAGGGGAGAUGGGUUAUAUUCAAUGAUAAUAAGGUGGCGCUAUCGGAGAACCCGCCAAAAAAUCUGGGAUACCUGUAUCUAUACGAGAGACUGUGAUGCUCACAGAUUGUGUAUAUUAAAUGAAUGUACCAAAAAUCGCGCGCAAGUCCAUUACUUGCGUUCGCGCCAUUCGACAAAUGCAAGGUUUGGAUAACUACUUUUAGACGAUAUUUAAUUUAUAUAGGCACUAUUGUUUUAGAUGUAUACAAUUAGGUAAAUAAAAUUAUUUACAGAGUAAUAAUUAAAAUGCUGGUUAAGUGUGACUGUCACUCAUACUGCGAGGGUACUGUUCUUUUUUACAUGUUCUUAUUUAUUUACGUUUUAAUAAAAACGAAUAUUUUCGAAACCCUUGAUGCUCUAUGUAUUUGCGUACUUUGAAAGCAAUUUUAAAAUGUUCAAAUUUUCUUAGGUUGCAGUACAUAUGUGUAAGUCAUUAUAUCGAUAUAAUAUAUAAUAUAAAAUAGAAUAUCCACGAGUUUUUUGGAGCAUGAAAUAAAAUUUUUGUUGACUAAAUCUAAACAUCUUAAUGAUACAGUAAUUAAUUCAGACGAGUUGCAUUUAAGAAGUUUCGAAAACCUCUUCAUUUAGGACGCAUCAAUGGUAAGUGUAUCUGAAUUAAUUUAGUCUUUGGAAUACGGGCUUGUCCCAUUUCAAAAUGUAACAUUACUAGUUUUUUUUUAUGCGUGAGCAUUUUCUGAAUCAACCAGUAUUGUUGACUGAUACUGUAAGAUUUAUAAUGAGUUGGACAAUCUGUUAACUACUAGUUAUAAAAGUUAAUAUGUAUAAUUAUGUAUUAUCUAAUAAAAGUAGUUACGUCACAUUCGCGUCAGAAUGCAUUUAUGUUAAUCAUUCAAAUGUUUUUGAAGUGAAAUUUUUUUAUUGAUUGUUUUUACUGAGUAACUUCACGUCUGGAACAAAAUUAACUAGGUACAUUUGUACUCUAUGCAUCUCUUGAAAAUAAAUGGAAAGUUUAUAUUAUUUAAAUGAGUUUUAUAACAUUGUCAUUUGUUUAUAAAAGUAUUAUUAUUAUGGUUUCUAGACUUAAACCGACAACGAAAAAUUUAAAUAGAAAUGUAAUAAAGCUAAAAAUGCU